AUGGCUCCGUCUUUCGGCUCCGGGCGGAGGCGGAAAAGGCAGCGUUGGUGCAAAAGCCGGGAGCCCGACGAGGAUCAGGACUAUGAAUUGCCAGAAUCCGCUUUAUCCAAGUCUGAUGGUGCUUCUGAUAUUGAACCCGAUACUCAGGAAAUGGUUCGUGCCCAGAACAAGAAAAAGAAGAAAUCGGGAGGUUUUCAAUCCAUGGGUCUCGGCUAUCCGGUGUUCAAAGGAAUCAUGAAAAAGGGGUACAAAAUACCGACUCCCAUCCAAAGGAAGACUAUUCCUUUGAUCUUGGAUGGCAAGGACGUGGUGGCUAUGGCAAGGACCGGGAGUGGAAAGACGGCUUGUUUUCUGAUCCCCAUGCUGGAGAAGUUGAAGGCCCGCUGUGCCAAGACUGGAGCAAGGGCUCUCAUCCUGUCCCCAACCCGAGAACUUGCUUUGCAGACUCUUAAGUUCACCAAAGAGCUUGGUCGGUUUACCGGCUUGAAAACCGCUCUGAUUCUUGGAGGUGACAGGAUGGAAGACCAAUUUGUAGCUUUGCAUGAGAACCCUGACAUCAUCAUCGCAACCCCCGGCCGGUUGAUGCACGUGGCUGUCGAGAUGAAACUGAAGUUGCACAGUGUGGAGUACGUGGUUUUUGACGAAGCAGACAGGUUGUUUGAGAUGGGCUUUGCGGAACAGCUGAAGGAGAUUGUCUCCAGGCUGCCCGACGGUCGCCAGACCCUGCUGUUCUCCGCCACCUUGCCGAAACUUCUGGUGGAGUUCGCUCAAGCUGGUCUCACAGAGCCAGUACUAAUCCGACUGGAUGUGGAAUCCAAGCUGAGUGAGCAACUCAAGCUCUCGUUUUUCCACGUGCGUGCCGACGACAAGCCAGCUCUUCUCUUACAUCUGCUGAGGACUGUGGCAAAGCCCCAAGACCAGACCAUUGUGUUUGUGGCCACCAAGCAUCACACAGAAUACCUGAAAGAGCUGCUGACGUUGCAGGGGGUGAAUUGCACCAACAUCUACAGCUCUCUGGACCAGACGGCUCGCAAAAUCAACAUCGGCAAGUUUGCUCACGGCAAAUGCUCUGUGUUGAUUGUCACCGAUCUCGCUGCUCGCGGGAUUGAUAUCCCUCUUCUGGAUAAUGUGAUUAACUACAGUUUCCCAGCCAAGGCGAAGCUUUUUCUGCAUCGCGUCGGCAGAGUGGCCCGUGCGGGGAGGACUGGAACAGCCUACUCCCUUGUGGCCCCAGAUGAGACCCCAUACGUUUUUGACCUCCAUCUGUUUCUGGGCCGGCCUUUAGUCUUCGCCAAUCCUCAUCAGAAGCCCACAGAUUCAGAUGGAGUUUUUGGCCGUGUUCCCCAAGCCGUCAUGGACGAUGAGGAAAGCUUGCUACAGACUGACCACGAGCGUUCCCUCGACCUGCAGAAUCUCCGUCGUGUCUCGGAAAACGCCCUCAAGCAGUACCAGAAAUCCCGGCCAAGUCCGUCCUCCGAAUCUAUCAAGAGGGUCAAAGAAAUGGAAUUCAGCCUCGUAGGGAUUCAUCCCCUCUUUAGUUUGCGUUUUGAGGAGGAGGAGAUGACACGGCUGAAAUUUGUGGACAGCAUCAAAACGUACCGAUCUAAAGCGACCAUCUUUGAAAUCAACGCCACCAACAAAACUCUGGCCAGUGACGUCAUGCGGGCUAAACGGAUCCGCGACCGGCAAUUAAUUGACCGGCACCAGCGGAAACAGGAGGAAAGGUUGUCCUUGGCUGCUGUGAAAACUCAAGAAGUGGCUGUUGCAGAAGAACCAAUGGAAGACGGAGAAGACCAUAUUGAGGGUGUCUUCUCCAGCGUGGUGGGAAAGAAACGAAAGCAUCUUCCAUCAGAAAGCAGAGCGGUGAAGAAGAGGAAGCCGUCAGUGAAGGAGGAGAAGGAGUUUUAUGUCCCUUAUCGACCCAAGGACUUUGCUUCAGAGCGGGGGCUCUGUGUUGGAGGGGAAGGCACCGCGUUUGAACAGCAGGCCUCCGCAGCAGUCCUUGACUUAAUGGGCGACGAGGACAGGAAUCUAAACAAGAACAAAAAGCUUUUGAAAUGGGAUCGAAAGCGGAAACGAUUUGUUGGGCAAAAGGGUCAGGAGGAUAAGAAGAAGAUCCGUACGGAGAGCGGCGCCUACAUCAACAGCUCCUACAAAACCAACCUCUAUGACAAAUGGAAAAAGAGAAAUAAGAUUGACGAACAGGAUUCGGACACGGAGGUUGGGGGCGAUCCGAGGAGCAGGAAGAGGCAGAAGGGCAGAGGUGAUCAAGGACGGCCUGGGUGGUCCCAGCCGGCCUCUUCCUCCCAGCGAGGCAGGGUCCGCUCCGAGCUGAAAACCAAGGAACAGAUCUUCAAGCAGAGGAAAAAGGCAUCCAAGCAACGCUUCCUGCAAGGCGGAGGGUUGAAGCGCUUGAAAUCCCGCAGCCGGCAACGAGUGCGAGAGAUGCGCCAAACGGCUUUCGGCCGCGGGGGUGUGAAGAAAGGCAAGAUGCGGAAACGGAUGUAGAAGUCCCGUGUCUGUCCAGGAGGCC